UUUCAUGAACAUUUUGAAGGAAUGGUAGUUGCUAGAAGAUAUUACAGAAGAAUCAGUUUUAAACCACCUUUCUACUGGGAUCCUCCAUUUCUAAGUUGGCUAAAGAGGAGCAAAAGGUACCUGUCCCAGAACUGCUAACUACCCCGACUGAGAGAAGCAAUGCAAGCCCUGAUACGACCCAACCGAUACCGAUGGAACUCUAUGAGCAGGGAAGAACGGCUCAAAGCCGCCGCCAUGGACUUUAUUCGCAUGUGUGCAGAACAGGGUGAUGGUGAUAGCCCGAGGCAGCUUCAAGCGGCCCCUCAGCUGGACCCCUACCCGAGAGCCUCGGUGGCCUCAGUGGCCAGACCGAUGCUUCCCACAGUGAUCAGGCAAGGUCAGACAGAAGCCAGCUUCCAGUCAGACGACCCCGAGAAUUCCAGAGUUUCUAAGAAACCUGUGAUGAAAAGGAAAGUUCUGAGGCGAACGCCUGACGGAGAGGUGCAAGUGACGGAUGAAUCCCUCACUAGUGAGACAGAAUCCAAUAAUCCAAGUGUCCAACAAUCCAGUCCUGAGUGUGAGAACUUAAAUCAGAGAAUGUACCUUCUGAACGCUCAGGAAGAGGAGGAAGAGUGUGUGGAGGGGAACCAGCCCCAAAGUUCCCCUGGGUCAGUCUACUCCUGGAGCCCCUCGGAGGAAAGCCGGCAUCAGUGUUCCCGGAAAGAGAGCCAGAGCCUCAGCUCUUCAUCCUUUGAGCAGGACUUCAUCCUAACCGCCCACCCCAAGUCCUUCAUCUUGCCAAAGUUGGAGCAGCUCAAUCGGAACAGACCGAAGACCGAUCGGGUUGCCCGUUACCUGGAACACAAGCACAACUGGGAAUCCCUGCGGCUUCCGGGGGAAGAUCCCAGGAAAGGUGUACGCUGGAGCAUUCGGGAACAGAUGCUCUACAAGUCAGAACUGCCUCCUAAGGCUCAGCCUGUUUACAUCCCCAACAAUUACCUGGUGCCCACAGAGAAGAAGAGAUCUGCCCUGCGCUGGGGGAUACGCUGUGACUUAGCCAACGGCGUGGUGCCUAGGAACGUCUAUUCCUCCUAAGAACCUGGAAUCUUUAAAAGGUCACACACAGAAGAACUUAAGUCGAUCCCAAAGAGCCAAGCUAAUGCAGCUAGGCUAUUUUUAUUUCUUUCCAAUUCCAAACCCUAACUCGUUUACUCUUAAAAUGUAUUUUGGAUCUGAAUGGCUACUUUCUGGCAAAAGAUUUUUUUUAAAACCUAUCGUCGUUUCCGAUCAUAUUAUUUGAAUGUAAAUAUUACCUUAUAAAAAGGCAGGCAGAAGAUGAAUCAAAACCUACUGAAAUACAGUCAAGU